GUUUCUUUUGCACUCUCGCUCCUCGUCUUGGAACAAUCGCAAUAUAUACACGCGACCCUGCUGUCCUGGUCUUGACUGGAUCGCUCUCUCUUCCCCCCUCACCGACCACGGCCUCGCUCCCCUCUAGGAUCCUAGCGCGCGCAAUGCUCGUACCGUGAAGCGAAAUGGGGAGCCGCAUCGCACCAACGAGCCCGGGAAGAUACGUAUGCAGCUGUGAGAUUCGGCCUAAGAAAAGAAGAUAAAACUGGUGGGCAUGUCGUACUUUGCACACAUUCGGACGCUGGGGCGUAUACCCGCUCCCUCUGUCCGCGCUGGGUGCGAUCCCGCUCCUUUGCGAAUCCCCACAGCAACGGCGCGAAGACGAGUGGACAUUGGCUUAGCAUUAAAGCGAAAUCUGCAAAUGAGCUACAUCGCUGCAGUCGCCAGAACUGAGAGGGGUUUCAGCUCGAGUACACUGGCAUCACCGGGCGGCAGCAACCCGCUCCUCGUCGCCCUGAUUUCCGGCGGUGCAGCACUGGCAGCAGGCUACUUGCUCUUUUCGCCUUCGAGUCAACCCAAACACUCUGCUUCCGCGGCAGAGCCAACAUCAUCAGCAACAAAUGACGACGGAGGGCCGGUAACGGCUUCGCACCCAGCGUACAACUUUGACGCAGCCAUCAAAGAGUUGCAAUCCUUCUUGCCGGAAGACCGGCUGUCCUUCGAAGAAUCAGAGCGCGAAACGCACGGCCACUCCAGUUGGUCGUACCAUCCUUCGCAUCCGCACGCGGCCGUCGUAUACCCGAUCGACGUCUCCGAGGUCGUACGCAUCGUCAAGAUCGCCGGAAAGCACAAAGUUCCCCUCGUGCCCUACGCAGGCGGCACCUCGCUCGAAGCGCACUAUUCGGCGCCCGAUCCGCAUAGCGACAGGCGUAAGAGCAUCAGCGUCGACUUUAAUCUGAUGGACAAGAUCCUCCGUUACAGCGAGGAAGAUGGAGACAUCACCGUGCAGCCGGGCGUCAGGUGGGAGGGGCUGAAUGAGGAGCUGAAGAAUAGAGGCAGCAAGUACUUCUUCCCCAUCGAUCCCGGGCCGAGUGCCGCCAUUGGUGGCAUGGUUGCGAGCGGUUGCUCGGGCACGAAUGCGGUCCGAUAUGGUACGAUGAAGGGCGAUUACAUCUUGAAUUUGACGGUCGUCCUGCCUUCGGGCGAAGUGAUCACGACGCGCUCGAGAGCGCGCAAGUCGUCUGCGGGCCCCGACCUAACGAAGCUCUUCCUCGGCUCAGAAGGCACGCUGGGUCUGGUGGUCGCCGCGACGCUGCGUCUGGCGCCGAUCCCCCCAUGCACAUCUGUCGGCGUGUCGGCGUUCCCGAGCGCGUCGGAUGCAUGCAGCGCUGCGCGUGACCUGCUCGCGCACGGUAUUGGCGUCCAGUGUGUCGAGCUGCUCGAUGACGUCAUGCUCGCGGCCGUCAACAAAGCCAACGCCGCCGACACGCGGGCGAUCAAACACGUCGAGCAGCCGUCGCUUUUUAUCAGAUUCGCCGCCAGCAGCGACGCGGCCAUGCGCGCUGACUCGCAGCUUGCGGCUCGCAUCCUCGAAAAGCACGGUGGAAGCAAGAUGCAGUUCGCCAUGGACAAGGAUGAGAUCGAGCGUCUAUGGCACGCGCGCAAGGUCGCUCUGUGGAGUGCACUGGAUUACCCCGAGCGGAAGGAGGGAGAGAAAUGGCGCGCCUGGACCACCGAUGUCUGCGUGCCUGUCGGCCAGCUGAGCGAACUGAUCCGACGCGUCAAAGACGACAUCACGCAGGAGAAUAUCCUCUCACCCAUCGUCGGUCACAUUGGGGAUGGCAACUUUCACGGGAUCAUCCUCUUCCGCGACGGCGACCAGGAGAUGUUCGAGCGUGUCGAGCGCCUGGUCCACCGGAUGGUGCAUCACGCGCAAGAUCUCGAUGGUACCUGUACGGGCGAGCAUGGUGUAGGCAUCGGCAAGAAGCAGUUCCUUGAGCGCGAGCUCGGCAAGGGCACCCUCGAUCUGCUGCGCAUGCUCAAAAGGACGCUCGACCCAGAUUCGAUCAUGAAUCCGGGGAAGCUCAUCGAUGUAUACUAGUUCCAGUGCGGCUGUAUUUUAAGGACAAGGACUUUGGCCGCAAGCUCAUAGUAGCUGCCUGUUGCCAAUGUGG